AUGAAAAACCUCUUUAUACUAGCAACAUUAUGUUUCAUAGCAGUCUCAGGAAGACCAUAUGUUGCUCAUUCGCAUAGCAAGACUUCAGCCAAGAAUGGUAAUGCAGAUCGGAAAUUAUUUUACACACCAAACAAGGUAGAGCAAGGUAAAUCAGAUGCAAACAAAAAUUUUUAUGAAACGCCAGAAUCUCACGACGCUUCAGUUGGUUAUUCGUCCGAAAACCGUAACGCUAAACCAGAUGCAGAACAGUUGGAUCGAAAGCGUUAUUCCCAAACGAAUAGACAACAGUCGGGUCUAGAAAAUCAUCCCGAUAUAGAUGACAAGUCGUCGCAUGGAAAACAUUAUCCCGAUAAAGAAGAAUCAUCCGAUCGCCAGAACUCCGACACAGAUGAAGAAUCGUCCGACGAACAACAUUAUCCACACUCGGAUGAAAAACCAUCCAGUCGAAAACAUACCGAUACGGAUGAAUCGUCGGAUGCAAAACAACCCGCUGCAUAUGAAGAUUCAUCGGAUCGACAACAAUCCGAUUCAGAUGCAGAAUCGUCGGACGGAAAACAUCCUGGUACACAUGAAUCGUCAGACAAGAAGCAUUCCGACACACAUGAAGAAUCGUCGGAUGGAGAACAUCCCCAUACACGUGAAGAAUCGUCCGAUGGGAAACAGUAUCCUGAUACAACUGAAGAGUCGUCAGAUCGAACACAACCCGAUUCAGAUGAACAAUCGUCAGACGGAGAACAUCCUGAUACACAUGAAUCAUCACAUGCGAAGCACUCCAACACAGAUGAAGAAUCAUCCGAUGGGAAGCAAGCAGAUAGAAAUCAAGAACAGUUGGAUCGAAACCAUUAUCCUGAUACCAAUAAAGAACAGUCAGGCCUAAUAGGUCAUCCUGCAGCUUAUGAAAAAUCGUCGCACGGAAAAGAUUAUUCAGAUAGUGGUGUCGAAUCGUCCGAUCGAAAAGAUUCCGAUUCACAUGCAGACUCGUCCGCCCCAAAACAUUCCGAUAUACGUGCAGAAUCAUCGGAUAGACAACUAUCCAGUCCAAAACAUUCCGAUACCGAUGAAUCAUCGGAUGAAAAACCAUACGGUCGAAAACAUGCCGAUACCGAUGAAUCAUCGGAUGAAAAACCAUACGGUCGAAAACAUGCCGAUACCCAUGAAUCAUCGGAUGAAAAACCAUACGGUCGAAAACAUGCCGAUACCGAUGAAUCAUCGGAUGAAAAACCAUACGGUCGAAAACAGUCCAAUAGCGAUGAAUCAUCGGAUGAAAAACCAUACAGUCCAAAACAUUCCGAUACCGAUGACUCAUCGGAUGAAAAACCAUACAGUCGAAAACACGCCGAUACCCAUGAAUCAUCGGAUGGAAAACCACACAAUCCAAAACAUUCCGAUACCGAUGAAUCAUCGGAUGAAAAACCAUACAAUCGAAAACAUGCCGAUACCGAUGAAUCGUCUGAUGAAAAACCAUACGGUCAAAAACAUGCCGAUACCGAUGAAUCAUCGGAUGACAAACCUUACAGUCGAAAACAUGGGGAUACCGAUGAAUCAUCGGAUGAAAAACAACCCGCUGCAUAUGAAGAUUCAUCGGAUCGACAACAAUCCGAUUCAGAUGAACAAUCGGACGGAAAAUAUCCUAAUACACAUGAAUCAUCACAUGCCAAGCAUUUCGACACAGAUGAAGAAUCAUCCGAUGGGAAACAAUCAGAUGGAGAUCAAGAACAAUUGGAUCGAAACCAUUAUCCCGAUACCAAUAAAGAACAGUCAGGCCUACUAGGUCAUCCUGCAGCUUAUGAAAAAUCGUCGGACGGAAAAGAUUAUUCAAAUAGAGGUGUCGAAUCAUCGGAUCGAAAAGAUUUCGAUUCACAUGCAGACUCGUCCGCCCCAAAACAUUCCGAUAUACGUGAAGAAUCGUCGGAUGGACAAGUAUCCGGUCCAAAACAUGCCGAUACCGAUGAAUCAUCGGAUGAAAAACCAUCCGGUGGAAAACAUGGCGAUACCGAUGAAUCGUCGGAGGGAAAACCAUACGGUCGAAAACAUGGCGAUACCGAUGAAUCGUCGGAGGGAAAACCAUACGGUCGAAAACAUGGCGAUACCGAUGAAUCGUCGGAGGGAAAACCAUACAGUCGAAAACAUGCCGAUACCGAUGAAUCAUCGGAUGAAAAACCAUACGGUCGAACACAUGCCGAUACCGAUGACUCAUCGGAUGAAAAACCAUACAGUCCAAAACAUUCCGAUACCGAUGAAUCAUCAGAUGAAAAACCAUACGGUCGAAAACAUGCCGAUACCCAUGAAUCAUCAGAUGAAAAACCAUACAGUCGAAAACAUGCCGAAAACGAAAAAUAA